ACAAAAGAGGGGGAGGGAGGGGGGAGGAAGGAGUCGGGACUGGCCUGAAACUCUCAGCUCGAAAGAGUCGCUGCUGCAGCCACCACCUCCAUAGAGCUCCGGCUCGCUGCUGGCCUCCAUUCUUAAUUUCUGAGAAAUUUCCUUGAGAAUUUAAACUUUUGUUUUUAAGUUGUUUUUUUUUUUUUAAGUACAGUUACAUAUAGACGUAGAAAAAAAUCUCUGGGGAUAUGUAUGGCCCUCGGGGGGCUAAAUUGAAAACACUGUUUUCUUGGAUGAGUUCUUAAAUACAGAGGGGAAUUAACUGCAGUAUGGGUUUUUUCCCAAGGUAAUGUUAAUUCACUCAUUCAUCAAAGACCACACAUUACUGUUUACCAAGUGCUCUGGAGUCUGAUAGGCCCUUUGGGAAAUACAGUCCAAAUAUAGAGAAUUCAAGGUUCAUGGUCGCUGCUGUCAAUUCGGUGGCGUUCCAGUGGGAUGACAAGCAUCAUUAUUCUACUUUCUUCAUUGGUUGCUGCGACAGGAGAAACUUUGAAAAAUAUGGCUUCUACCCACAUUCAAAAAGCAGAUCAAGACUCUACUGCUUUGUCCGAUGGCUCUUUUUCCCCUCCCACUGCCGGAGCCCGAGGAGAUUUUUCUCUGAUAUUCACCGUAGAAGCCUUGUCAAGAUCCUGGAGAUAAAAUAGCUGAUCUCCAAAUCUAUCUCGAAAUCAUGCUAGUCUGUGAUUCUAGUUGCCAAAAGAGCUGUGGAGUCCAAAAAAGCGUUAAGAUCUUGUAGCCGUUUUUCAUCCCCGGCUGUACAUUGGAAUCACCUUGAGAGACUGACAAAUCGUGAUGCCCAGGUGCUCCCCAACCAAUUAUGUCAAGUCUCCACAGGUGAUUCCGACCGACCGUGCAGCCAAAGGUGGGAACCACUGGCUUGGCGGGAGGGGGAGGUGACUCCGACUUAAGUGGAUGGGGGAGGGGGGGUGUUUAUGGAGAAAGUGGGCUCUGAGGAUCUGACAGAUGGGCUGAAUUCCGACGGGACAAAAUGGAGGCAUUUUAGGUCAUGUAUUAAAAUUUGUUUCAGAAAAUAGAGAGGGGUGAAUAGAGAUAGAGAAAAAGAGAAUGAGAGAGAGAGAGGAGAAAAUCGGAAGUAUAGCAUGGCAUUAAGAAUCAGAAAUAACUUCAUAUGUCAAAUUCCGGCUCUAUCCUUUACUACAAGUGAAAAAAAUGUGGCCAAGUUACCUAACCUCUAAACCUCUGUUUCUUCAUCUGCAAAAUGGGAACUAAAAGGGGUAAUAAAUAAAUGAAGUAGUCAAGGCUCAAUGAGAAAAUUUAUAUAAAGCCCUUCUCUGAGUGUCGAGGUAUAGAAAGCUCUCAGAAUUUCUUGACUGUUGCACUCGUCAUUACUACCAGUUCCCGGCACUGAAAGUCAAGGACCGUCCCUAGAUGGAUUAAGGAGUUAGCUGGGGUCCAGAUUGCGGGGGACCUCAAACGCCAGCAUAAGCACAGUUCUCUUUUCUUCCGUCACUGGCCCUUACGUUUUUGAGCAUGAGACCAAAGCCACUAAAGUCAAAUGUCAGAUGUGUGUGAUGUCAAAGGGCAUGGGUGACGGCAGAGGGUGGAGAGCAGGGCCUCAGGGGCCGGGCGGGGGAGGCAAAGAGUAGCCCAGGAAUGACGUUCCUGCAUUAUAGCACUUGGAGUUUACAAGAAAAAAUUUAUAAAAAAUAUAUUGUUCCAGAAAACUAGAGCAGAGAAUAGCAACUGACUUGAUUUCUAUGGCAGCAGGGAAAUCUCAAAGAAAGAAAACGAAGUGACUUUGAGGUUAAAAUAGUGCCCGGAGGAGGCGACAGUUGGGAAGGAAAGACCAGAAGCUCGCUUGUAGACCUUUCAAGUCUGAGGUUCGGGCAGAACGCUUCGAAAGGAGGGAGCAGAGAUCUGAAAUGUAACACGGAGGCCGGGAGGGGGUUCGACGUGGUAACAGGGCCAGAUGGCGCCUCACGGCGAGUCAUGGCUGAUGGUGUGAGAGUAACUCAGACCCCAAGGCAUGAUUACAGAGUCGGAAGAGCGGAACACCGUUCAGAUUCCGCAGGUGGUUCAAAAACCACCUUUCCCCCGGCCCCGCCCCUUCGGCUCAGGAAACAAUUUCAAAUUGUUUCCACCACUGCAGUGUCUCCCCCCCCUUCCCUGGGCUGCCCCACGCUUCCUUCAAAACCGAGAUACGUUUUUUUCCUGCAGUUUAUAGCUAUCUCUUUUCUCCCAGUCAUUUUUUUCCUUUUGUUUUCUUAGUACCACCUCGAAUAUAUUUUUACAAUAACAUGAAUUGUGAUUUUAUGUUUAUUUUGUCUCUCCAAUCAGUGAGUUCCCUGUAUAUGUUAUUUGUCUCAUAAUUAUAGAUGCUUAAUAAAUUGUUG